CAUCACAUGACGGUCAUGUAAUAUUUUGCAAACGGUGUUUCACAUCAUUUGACAGUCAGCCCCGGAAAAAUACGCUAAGCGGACAAGCAGCACUAGAACAGCACAAAAUGAUAUGUGGAACACACAAACCUAUCAUACCUCAGAUACCUGCGCCCGGUACAAUAUCAGAGGUCGAUGGCUGAAAUAAAACUCAACGACACCCGAAAGUUAUAUAUGCUGAUUUUGAGGCACUUCUUGUUAAAUGUAAAGAAAGAAAUGUAAAGAAAUGUAUGGAACUAAUAAAUUAUAAAAAACGAUAUGAUAUUAUAAUACCAUUAUGUAGGUUCGAGAUGGCAAAACCAUCAAAAGUUCCUCAUCAACACUUUUCAUUCAACAUUCAAGCCAUUAAACAAUUAAACGUAUAUGAUAUUUCUUCUUAAAGGAAAAAUGCACAAAUAUAAUUGAAUGAACUGUUGGAUGCAUCUAUAAAAUAUGAUAAACCAAUCACUAUUGCGAAACAUGUGACGAUGUGUUAUUUAUAUAUAAUUUGUAUUGAUUUUUUGUUUUAUGUUUUCGACAACACCAAAGUAUUUCUGCUUUCGUAUAUUCAAUAUCUGUAUUUACCCAAAUGAAUACAAUUUACAUCCGCGAUGGAGUAAAACCAUUGUACAAAAAUUUAAAGUUCUGAAUUUUUUUCAGUCACUUUUAUCAGUUCUAUUAAUAUAUUUUUUUUUUAACUAUUACAUUAAAAAUACUGGAGUCAACCUAUUACUAAACAAUUUUUCAGAACAAACUACACUACCAAUCAAAAAAUACACAGAGCUACAGUGUUGUUUUAGAAAACCGUAAAAAAAACUACUUGGUCAGCAUUCGACAGUGAUAUUAAUAAAUAUUUUAAUUUUGAACUUGUAGAGGUGACGUUUAAUUAUUCGCAUAACUGAAUAAUAAUAUAAAGCGAAAAUAACAGGUUAUCUAUUAUAUAUACAGUUUCUAACAAAAUUACUAAGUGAAUCAUUGCAGUUUAAUAAAGAUUUUACUAAUAAUUUAAAGUCUAUAAAUAAAAUAAUAAAUAAAAAUUAAUUUAAUUUCAACUUAACUUAACCAAUUUAUGUUUCAGUAUAUAACAAUAAUAAAUUUUAGGCGAGUUCUACCUAUAACAACACAACACCAAACAGAUGCCGAUCGCCGUACAAAACUAUACUACAUGCAUUGCCGAGCACAUCGCCUAAGGAGCACCUUAUGGUAAGCUCGUCUGCAACUGUGGUUGACAUGAUAUAAUAUGUAUAAUACAAUAUUGCACAUUAAACAAUAUUUACAACGACAGUGUUAUCAUUAUACAUUACAAU